AUGGAUGCAUCAAGCGGAAGCACUUCGCCGUUGGCCGUCAUCGGCCCUCAAUUCUGUGCUUCCCACCCUGUUCAGCUCAUCUUUAAGAAGAAGAUCCGCGGUGUGAAGCGUAGAUCCUUCACUGCAACUGAUGCCUCGGCUGGCAACGUCAUCUACGAGACCAAAAGCCCAUGGUCCAACCUUAGGAAAAGGAGCACAUUGUUCGAUGUUGCUUCCGGAAAUCCCCUCGUUUCCAUUCAAAAGAAGGUACUGAAUGCCCAUGGCCAAUGGCAAGUUUUUAUCGGUGGCAGCUUUGACCCUAAAGAUCUGUUAUUUACUGUCGAAAAGACUAAAAUAGUUCAGUUUAAGAGCAAAUUAAACAUUUUCUUGGCGUCAAACACCGGCAAGGAUGUUUGUGAUUUCACCAUUGAGGGAACUUUUCUCACAAGAUCAUGCAAAGUCUACAAGGGUGAUUCCUCAAUGGUCAUAGCUCAAAUGGCGGCUAACUUCUGCAUGGUGGGCAAUGCAGAUGAGCAAGAAAAGCAAUACCAAAGAUAA